AUGAGUGACCACUUGUAUCAUGAAAUCGUGGAACUGUGUUGUGAUGCUUGUAUGUCAUGUCGUGAUGAAUGUAAAGAGGCGCAUGGAUAUUGCAGAGAUUGUGAUGAGUAUUUGUGUAAACCGUGCUUCGAUAGCCAUUUAUUGGUAAGAGUCGCAAGAGAUCAUGUUUUACUCGAAAAUUCAGAAAUGCCGAAAGAACGGCCGCGGAGUGUCUCUUCUAAAAAUGGAUCAGAUGACGAGCAAUCGAUGGAAUGCAGAAUGCAUCCAAAUAAUGACAUACAACUUUUUUGCGAGUAUCAUAAUGUAUUAUGUUGCUCCGUUUGUACAGCUGUAAACCAUACCAAUCGAAUGUGCAGAGUACAAUACAUUCCAGAUAUUGCAAAGGAGAUAACUGAAAAUGGUCAGCUGAGUUCAACUGAGAGUAACCUUCGGAAUGUAAUCAAACAAACGAAGGAAGCAGAAGAGAAUGUUAAAUCGCUUGUGCAGCUAAACGAACUUCAACGUAAAAAUGGAUAUGAGACUGUCAAAGAAUUUGCUGACACGUUUAAAACGGAAUUGGAAAAACGCGAAAAGGAAUUAUCCGAGCAGAUAGAGUCGAGGUACACAGCAAACUAUCAUAGGAUAUCGCCCGUAUUAAAAAAGUACAGUUCAGGCAUCGCAGAAGCGGACAAACUUGUUAACAGACUAGAUAUGAACCGAGGGAAUGAAAACAACACCCACUUAUUCAUCGCAUACUAUGAGGCAAGGGCGAAAAUCGAUGAAUUAAAAUCAGCCUUAGUGGAGACUAAAUUAAAUAAAAAGAUAGAAGACUUCAAUGUUACAUGCGACCCACACCUAAUUAAGCUAAUUGAAGAUCCAGCAACUGUAUCGUAUGAAAACGUCGAAAAGCAGCAAACAAAACCAAUUACCAAAGGAAGAUCAAAAAGGACACCGUUUCAACCAAGAAUGAUGUCACCAAUAGGACGCAAUCGAGAAGUCUAUUCGGAAUAUCUUCAACCAGUAACAUCAACACGAAAUUCAACAAGGGCAACACUCAUGACCAACCGAAAAAGUAGUUGUAAUUAA